AUGAGGAUCCUUUACCUGCUCUUUUCUCUCCUCUUCCUGGCGUUCCAGGUUUCUCCAGGAUUGUCUUCACCCCAGCGGGACAUGUUUCUCUGUAGGAAAGGGUCCUGCCACUUUGGAAGAUGUCCCAUCCACCUGGUCAGAGUUGGAAACUGCUUUGGGUUCCGCUCCUGCUGCAAAUCGUGAGCCAUGGGAUGUAUAAAAACUUCGUGGACUGUCCAUUCAAGAGCUAUGAAAAUUUCUUCCAGGAACUUUCUUUGAAUCCCCUUCCUGCUACAACCACUGGAUACUGCUACAACAAAGUCUCAAGCACCUCUCAUUUUUAAUGCAAAAAGCUUUACGAUAUAG